GAACACCUAGUAUCACUCGGCGGUUUGACAGCUUUUAUUUUACUCACAUAUCUUACAUCUGUCAAUCCAGCCAAGGUGAAUUGGCAUCCCAUAUUUUGGGGUUUAACUUUACAGUAUUUCUUUGCUUUGAUUAUUUUGAAAACAACGCCCGGUAGAGAUCUGUUUCAAUGGCUAGGUGAUCGAGUCACUGAGUUCCUUGCUUAUUCUGAUCGAGGAGCAAAAUUUGUUUUUGGUGAAACAACCUAUCUCAACCAUUUCUUUGCAUUUAAAGUGAUGCCAGUUGUGACUUUCUUCAGUACAUUUAUAGCUGUUCUCUAUUAUCUGGGAAUCAUGCAGGCUAUUGUUAAAGUAUUUGGAAGAUUUCUCAGUUUUUGUCUGGGAACCACACCAGCAGAAUCUUUAAAUGCUGCAGGAAACAUCUUUGUUGGCAUGACUGAAGCCCCCUUGAUGAUCAAACCAUUUUUACCAAUCAUGACCAAAUCUGAACUAUGUGCUGUUAUGGUGGGUGGAUUUGCUACUAUUGCUGGUAGUGUAUUUGGUGCUUAUCUUAGUUAUGGGGUACCCGGUGAACAUCUCCUAUCCGCAUCAGUAAUGUCUGCUCCAGCAGCUUUAGCUAUAGCAAAACUAACUUAUCCAGAAGUAGAGAAAACACAGUCUACUGACGAUGAUUAUAAUAAAAUGGUCCGAGGAAAAGAAAGAAAUGUGAUAGAAGCUGCCUCGUCUGGUGCUUCACUAUCUAUUGGCCUGAUUGCUAACAUAGUAGUCAAUCUAAUAGCCUUUCUGGCAUUGUUAGAGUUCGUUAAUGCUUGUUUAUUAUGGGCUGGACAUCGUGUUGGUGUGGAAGGUCUUACAUUUGAGUUUAUUUGUUCGUAUUUGCUAUUUUGGGUGUCUCUGUUUAUGGGAGUGGAAAUAGCAGAUUGCAGACAAGUUGCCAAAUUAGUGGGUGUGAAAACGUUCACAAAUGAGUUUAUUGCCUAUGAAAGACUAUCAGAGCUUUUGGGUAAUAAAGCUACUAAUGCUUUAUGCUUUCAGGAGAGAUCUGAAGUGAUAGCAACAUACGCUUUAUGUGGCUUCUCUAAUAUUGGCUCGAUGGGUAUAUUACUGGGAGGGUUAUCUGCUCUUGCCCCUGAGAGAAGAAGUGAUUUAUCAAGCAUUGUAUUUAGAGCGAUGGUGGCGGGAAAUGUGGCUUGUUUCUUUACAGCCUGUAUUGCCGGUAAGUUUAAAUUGAAUUGCUUCAAUUUUCCACUGUAA